UGAACACCUAGAACGACGAAUAACUCACUCUUAAAUUAUCAAGUUUUAUACCUUCUUGGGGAUUUCAAGCUAUCCUAAACUACCAUGUAUUGAUCACAGAGGAUUUUAUUCCCGAAAUUUGAGUAUAAUUUUGGUUUAUAAUCAGCAGAAGAGGUCAGUGCAGUGUGGUUUAAGCAGCGGUUCGGUAGAGUGUGGAGGUUUUUUUUGUACGGAGAGUUGACCGUGUGUUAGCGAGGUCAGUGCUUUGACGGUACGGACGGACGGCACACAACAACAACUUCCACGACGUACUGUGAUCUACGUACACAGCCGGUGAAGUAUUUACAACGUGUGGUCAUCAUCAAAACAGCAAUGGUAUUUUGUUGUGCUUCGUCACAUCGCGUUCGGGAUUUCUGUCAUUAAAAUGCCAUCUUGUUGUAUUUUGUAAUCAUUGAUGCUUGAGUGCGUUAUAUUCAAGUCACCAUCAUGUAUUUGAUGACUUCAAAGGACGUACCUGUGGGGUACCUCAUUUGGACUCUGUUCAUGGUGCUCUUUGUCACAAGAAAAGCUACUGGUGCUGAAGAGAUUUGUGGAAAUAUUGACAUUCGCAACAGUGCUGAAUCUUUCACCAUUCUACAAAACUGUACAAUCAUCGAAGGUGACCUUCACAUUCUUCUUAUUGAGAGGGAGCAACCAGGCGUCUUGAACAGCCUUUCUUUCCCAAAGUUACGAGAGAUCACCGGCUUCUUCGUCUUAUACCGUGUCUCACAUCUCCUGACCUUAAGAAACAUGUUCCCGAAUCUAGCGGUAAUCCGUGGUGAUACUCUCUUCUUUAACUAUGCCUUAGUGGUGUAUGAAAUGCUUGAAAUGCAAGAGAUUGGCCUCCCAAGUCUGGUCACUGUAAUGCGGGGUUCCAUACGCCUGGAGAAGAAUCCUAGCCUGUGUUAUAUGGACACAGUAGAUUGGUCCCUCAUCCUUCAAGAGGGAAUAGAGAAUAACUUUAUUGCUGAUAACAAGGACCAAGGAGGGUGCUUUAAUUUCUGCCCUAAAAAAGACAAUGGCCGGACAUGUCGACGACAGUCUACCCUGGGAAUGAGAGAGCUGUGCUGGUCCAGUGAGCAUUGUCAAAAAGAAAGAGGAAGUGAGGAGAGUCAAGUAGAGGCUGCUCCUCUAUGUCUACAGAUCUCAAGCUUGAAUCUUUCAAGACGCUGGUUGUGCAUGACGUUGUAA